UGGAAAAAUUAGACAUGUUGUUAGCUUUUGAAGUAUUGGUAUUGCAAUGGUAAUUACAUAUUAUUUUCAAGUAAUUAAUGUUUAUGCAUGGGUUUAAAAUUGUAGAUGGAUAGAUUGGUCCGGCUUCAUUAUGGUGGUUGUGUGGUAGAUGAAAGUACACAUGGAAGCCAAUUUGAGGGAAUGACAGUUAGACAAUUAGUGUUUUUUGCGAAGCCUACCUUUGAGGAGUUAAUGUCUCGCAUCAAGCAUGAAUUGGAUUGGAAUUGGGCAAAUAUGGCACUAUCGGCCUACGUAUGGCAAAGCAUGGCGUGCUAAGCAAGUUGCUAUGAAGGUCAUUUGGGGAGAUUGGGACGAGGCGUAUGUUCGCUUGCCUACACUGAUGCGUGCCAUCAAAGCAAAGAACCCUACCAUGCAUUUCCGUGUUGAGGCUCAUCCCGAGAAGUCCAGGAUGGUGGAUGGAGUACAGAGGCGAGUAUUUGGACGUGCAUAUUGGAUAUUUGGCCAGUCCAUAGAAGCAUUCAAGCACUUGAGGCCGGUGCUAGCAAUUGAUGGCACUUUCUUAACCGGUAAAUACCAAGGUACAUUGCUCACGGCAAUAGGGGUCGACGCCGGGUUACAUCUUGUUCCCUUAGCGUUUGCUCUGGUAGAGAAGGAGAAUACAUCCAACUGGGAGUGGUUCAUCAACAUGUUGAGAAACAAGUUGAUCGGUCCUAAUAGAGAAGUGUGUAUAAUUUCUGAUAGACACCCUGGCAUUUUGAACUCCAUCAUCCACAUCAUGCCUCAUCACCUAACCAUUCACCACAGGUGGUGCAUGAGGCACUUCUGUGCUAACUUCUACACAGCUGGAGCUACGACUGAUCAGAUGAAAGAUCUUGAGCGCAUAUGUCAAAUAAAUGAGAAAGCAUUGUUCCUAGAUGAGAUAAAACGCCUCAUGGGUGUGGUCGGAGAGAGGCCAAAGAAGUGGCUAGAAGACCAUAUGCCACUUAAGGUCAAAUGGGCAAGAGCAUUUGAUACCAACGGGCGUCGUCAUAGCAUCAUGACUAGUAAUAUGGCCGAGAGUUUCAAUAAUGUAUUGAGAGGCAUUCGGAAACUGCCGGUUACAGCUAUUGUGGCAUACACAUUUUCGAAGUGCAAUAGUUGGUUUGUCGAUAGACACAAAGAGGCAACUGUAGAUAUCCUGUGUGGAAAGAAGUGGCCCACAAAAGUUAAGGACAUGUUGGAGGAGCAGCAAAGACGAACCUUGGGGCAAAGAGCAGCAUGUUUUGAUUUCCCUUCGAUGAAGUAUGAGGUCAGCGAGCAAGGCGGAGUCACGGCGGCUGGGGUUCAAUGGGGUGGACGUCACUACGUCGUGGUUGCGAGAGAUAACACAUGUAGUUGUCAGUUCCCUCAGCUCCAUCACUUGCCAUGCUCCCACAUGAUAACCGUUUGUAAGUUGCGAGGUUUGGAUGUGGAGGUGGCCCCCCGAAUGUGUUAUGAAGCUUCCAAUAAGGCUGUGCAGGACUCGUACUCCCCUAGGUUUGAACCUUACCUAGAUCCAUCGCAGUGGCCAAGUUAUGAUGGAGAGUUCUUCGUGCCCGACUUGUCGUUAAAGAACAACACACGAGGAAGAAGAAGGACAAGAAGGUUCAAGAACGAUAUGGACAAAGCAUACAAAGGCUCAGCCAACCGACGGUCACAAAAGCCGAACAAUACAAAUUCAGAGCCGGUCAUGCAAAAUAGAUGCUCGCUAUGCCACGAACUAGGCCAUAAGAAAACUAGGUGCCCGAAGCGAGACAAGUCUAAGGAUCGACCGAAAAAGCGCCGUAGGACGGGGGGAGGUGGUGAGGGUAGCACACAGGAUGGAGCACUUUCCGGGGUUGGAGGAUUUCUACGAGGAGAAGCACCGGGCCCCACAGAUUGCCAGCGGAGAGAUAGAUCAUCCAUCAUAGAGAUAUCUCAAAUCAAAGUUCAGGAGCCUCAAAGCAGAGCAUCGCUUGAAGACCCUUCGAGUCAGAGGUCACACGGCGCACAUACUGUUCGACGACCGGUACGUCCCGUACCUACGGCGGGCGAAGCUCUUGGCGUUCGUGACCAUGGCGCAGCGACCGGUGCCUCUGUACAACGCCGCUGCUCUGACGGCCCUAGUGGACCGGUGGCGUCCAGAGACACACACCUUCCACCUACCGUGCGGGGAGCUGACGGUCACUCUGGAGGACGUCGCCAUGAUCCUGGGUCUUCCUAUCCGGGGUCAGGCGGUCACAGGUGACACAGCGUCGGGGAACUGGAGGGAGAGGGUCGAGGAGUACCUUGGUCUGGAGCCUCCAGUGGCACCUGAUGGUCAGAGGCAGACGAAGACAUCAGGGGUUCCUUUGAGUUGGUUGCGAGCCAACUUCGGU